AUGAAGUCUCCACUUCUCCACGAACCGUGUUACAAUCUGGUCUAUCUUGAGCUGGCGGCUUGUCGGCUGACCGCUCUCCCCGAGGAAGGACUAGCGAAACUCGCACCUAAUCUUCGGGUGCUGAACCUGAACUACAACUUUUUAGAGGACGUGAAAGCCUUGGAAGGGCUGAGUAGACUGCAAAAGUUGACGAUUAUUGGGUCAAGGUUGAAGAGUACCAAGCCACUGAUCCGCCUCCUCCAGCAUACACCUGAUGUGGAGAUGCUAGAUUUCCGGAUGAAUCCGUGUACUUUGGGUUGGUACCUGCCAUUAUUGGUGAAGGACCUGCCCGGGGCCUUGCAGCCGUCGGAAACCACCACGACUGGGACAACGAAUGGCAGUGGCGGUGGGCCUGGUUCUAGGGGCAAGGGGCCGUCGUCGUUGUCGCCGGGCAAGAAAGGAUCAGCGACGGCAACAUCGAACACAAGUUCAAGCUCGCAGGUGUGGCAAGAAUUAGACUCGAAAUUCCGACGCGAUUUGCCCGACGAGGCGUACGGGGGUCGACUUGCGUAUCGGGGUCUGAUUAUGCGGGCCUGCCCGAAGAUUCGGCUGCUGGAUGGUAUCACCAUCAGCGAGAAGGAGCGGGUCAAGGCGCAGCAACUGUUGCAGGGUAUCCUGGGGCGCGAUCGAGGAAUUGCUGCCCGUGCCCCAGUUGCAAAGUCCCUCAUGCCAACAGACCAUUUGCCGCCGCAAGACAGGGACCAGCUGAACAGCUACAACGUUGCUCAGCUCCAGUUCGCACUCAACUCAAAUCCAAAGUGCGACCAGGACACUAUCCAGUACCUCCAAGAUCUUUCCCCCUCCGCUUCUCCAAACGUUAUUCCGGUAGAGCCAGACCUGGACUACGACUCACGACGCAUGUCGAGCUCGGCUACAUCCACCGCCGACACAGACAGUAGCAUUGUCUCGCGCGCAGAAAAACGCGCCCCGACGCCCUCAGACUCGCCGCUGCCAAAAAAACAGCGCACGAAUAACCUCGAUCAAAACAAUUGGGAAGACUCGUCUUCAGCCCAUGCUGCGCCCCAGGAAAAUGCUGCCAACCUCGAUGCUGGCAUCGACCACACAAAAGUGCAGCUGCCAUCCAUCACCGCAUUUGAGGAGAACUACCCGCGCCGCGCCUCGCUCCCCAUGAUUCACUCGGAAAGUCGCGUGCGGCACCAACCAUAUCCGCCAACCUCACUAAGACACGCCUACAAUGCCAAUUCCCAGUCAAAUCUAUCCAGCUACACCUUCCCCGCACCUGCAGAUGAUGCCUCAAAGCCCAACUACGACGACCCCAAACCAAAUUCACGCCCCAGGCUCUCCACUGACUUGGGUUUUGGUUCUGGCGGCAUCCCUCAGCCCAAUUCUUACGACUCGCCGUACUCACAGUCAGGGUUGUCCAAUGGCACAACCCCAAGCUCCACCUUCUCCUCAUCCGCGUUUACUUCUCCCAUGGGCUCGGAAUUCCCCCGAUCUUCAGGGCUCUCCCCAUACCCAGACUCUGACAACUGGAACGCGUCUCCCUCAGGCAUCGUGCGCCCAAGUUCAACUCCGGGCCAAAUGUCGACCCCUCCCGUGAAAUACGAUGAUGGGUUACGCCAUGCUUCCUUUAGUGGGGCACCCAUGUCCCAGGCACAAAUGUUUCCAGGCCCGGGACGUAUUUCGGGACAACAUGAUCGAAGGCCUAUGCCGCAGAGCGGAAUAAAGAGCGAGUGGCAAUAUCCCAAUCAGGAUUUUGUCCUGCCCCCUGCAAAUUCCCACUUUUCUCCCUCUAUGGCUCCCGCCCCUCCUCCCAUCGCCAACGCCACCUCUCCCGCUCCGCGGCAGCUGCCCAAAGAGACGACCGACUACCUCAAGGCUUGGCUGCACCGACACUCUGAUCAUCCUUACCCCAGUGAGGAGGAGAAAAAGCAGCUCUGCCACGCGACUGGUUUGAGUAUGAGCCAGGUUUCCAACUGGAUGAUCAAUGCUCGUCGUCGCAUCCUCGCGCCCGCGCACAGGGCAGCAUCUGGUCCGACUACCACGGCGCCCUUUCCCCCUGCUGGUCGCAGCGCGUCGCUGAACGGGCUCAUUGACCCCAUUGGCAGGCGGGCAUCGAUGCCUGCUGAAGGCCUCCAGCUCUACCAUCCCAUGACCCUCCAAUCGGUCCACGGUGCCGGAGGGAACCAUCCCUCGGACUAUCGUAUGCUCGGGCUAUCUCGCUCAGGGCAUCACCAUCCGAGUGCCGGCGGCGGUCCGACCAACAGUCAUCUCGACUUCAACAGCAACCGCCCCCUCAACCUCUACGUCUCUCCAUCCCAAUCCGGCCACCACCACAGCAACUACGACGUCCCUCUCUCCGCUCCUCCAACCAUGUCCUCUGGGAACCCAUUCACAUCACACGGCUCUUCGGGCCCAUACCCUAUGCAUUCUUCGACGAGUCCCAGAUUGCCACCCGUUCAGUCGGGUGGAUACUUUAGUGAAGGUCCAGCGCAUUCUGGAUCUGCACCAGGUUCUGGGUACGCAACGCCUCAGUGA